AUGGUUGACCCUAACAUCAAUGUUUCGAGCACUUCCACCAAAGUGAUUGAUUCAUUACAUCAAACCAUUGACAAGUUAACAGAAGAAUUGACUACACUUAAACAAUCGCAUGAAGAGUUAACAAAGAAGUUUUCUAUUGUAUCUCAAAAAAAUGAUUCAUUUGUUGACCAAUUAGCUAAUAAUAAACACGAAAAUGAUAUGUUGAGUGCGUUGCUUAAACGUAAGGAGCGAAGAAUUGCUGAUUUAGAAGAUCAAUAUAAUGAAUUGGCAAGUGCAAACGAUUCCUUGAAUUUAAAUAACAAGAAUUUAAAAAUCAGAUGUGAAAACCUUACUGAAUCAAGUAAUGUUUCUACUGCAGAAUACGAACGAUUAAAAAUUAGUUACGAUGCUUUAAUUUCCCUGCAAAAGGAAUACAAGAAUCAUUUCCAACAAGAAAUUAACAAAUUAACUUCACAAUUGGAACAAUAUAAAUUGAGUAAUGAAGCCAAUUUCAAGAAUUUACUGGAAAGUUUGAGUUCCAACGAAAAAGAUUUCGAUACUUUGCUUGAUUCAUUAUCCAACAAGAGACAGCACAUUGAUAAUAUCUACGUUAAUAAGAAUAACCGAAUAUUAACGAUUUUAACCAAUUUAAGUAAGGUUGCCAAGUUACACGGGCAAGAGAGCAAGCAAGUGUUGACUCAAACAACUGAAGUUAUUACUGAAUUGGUUGCAAAACAUCCUGAUUUACAAGAAAAGAUUGAAGAAAAAGAAAACAUUUUAGUCGAUUUGGAUGAAAUUUUAGGUCAAGCGCAUGAAGUUUUACAUGACGAUAGUACCUCAUUUGAUGAUGAUGUAACUUUAGUGCACUCUCCAGAAUUGCACCAAGAAGAAAGUCAGUUAUCCAGAAAUGCUCUGAAGAGACGGAACAAUAACAGAAACAAACGUAACUCCAUAAGAAUUGAUUCAGGAGAAUUUGUUUCAAAUCCAAUAUCAUUACCUAAGAAACCACAGGUUAAUAAUAACAUUGCAAAUUUGCCAAAACCAACUGAUGUUAAACAAAGACCUUUAUCAAGAAAUUUUGGAAAUGACUUUGAAAAUAAUAACCGUGGUGGACAAGGACAAGGGCAUCGUCGUAUGAUUAGUUAUGAUAAUAACCAAGGUCCAGGUCAAGGCCAAGGUCAAGGCCAUCGUCAUAUGAAUGGGUUUGACAAUAACCAAGGUCAAGGACAUCGUCGUAUGAAUAGCUAUGAUAAUAGACGAGACCAACGUAAUAACCUGGGAGGAAACAACAAUGGGCAUUACAAUAACAACAACAACAAUAAUAAUAAUAAUAAUAAUUAUUCCAAUAAUUCUCGCAGAACUCCAAGUGGUGUAAACAAAAAAGAAGAUCUUAUUAUAACAAUAAGAGAAAUUCAGGUUUUUUUGAAGAAGGAGUUACAUAUAGCUAACCUCAUUAUUUUUUAA